AUGGGCAAGCCAUCAGACACCCCAUCACCCAGCCGCUCGUCCUCAUCAACCCCCGCGCACUCCACAGAGUCGUCUGCGUCCGUCACGCUCGGCAGCUCCUCCUCCCUCCCCAGCAACCACCAUCUGCUUCCGUCCCGUCGCUACUUGGACGAGGACCCGAGCGACCUCUCCAACGUCGGUGAUCUACCUCCCCUGUACUCUGAUCACCAAGAGUUCGACGCCGACUCCUCCGCUCCGUUCGACCCUCUCCUCCCCCGGGGUCCCCACGGCGAAGUCGAGAUCUUUGAAACCGUCUACCCGUUCCGUCACGACAGAACCUGCGCCUACUUCCUCGACCCCAGACUGGACCGCGACCCAGACUUUCUGGCCAGCCACAUCUACAGACUGUCCCAAGUGCCGCCGCGGCCCCAUGUCAAAAUCGUAGGCUCGCACACGGAAAAGUCGGGCGACAAGAGCAGGGAAUCCAGGACGUUGACCGACUUUGACAUUGAAGUCGAGCUCACCCACCUCUUGUACAGCGACAUCCGCUCCGCCCAGGCAUGGCGCUCCGUCAUCACAGCCAGCAACUUUGAAAAAGUCCGUCGCGGGACAGUCCUGGCCACCCGCGCCCCCGGCUUCGGCGGCACUGGCGCCGUCCCGGAAGAAGGGACCCCGGCGCUGCGGGAGUGGUGCCGCCGCUAUUGCGCCUCCAGAGCGCCCCUGAAAUGCUUCACCAUGGAAAGGAGAGUCGAGGGCUACGACUGGGACACGCUCCGCCGCCGUCUGGAGGGCCUCGUCCGCGCGACAAACUACAGGGGACACGUGCAGAUCGAGUUUCCCGUUCGCCACUCCAUGGUCCACGUCUACAACGACUGCCGCAUCAACCGGUGGCGGCUGACACCGUGGAUCGCCAGGCUAUUCGUGGUGACGCUCAUAUUUGUGUUUACGUGGCCGUUUUUGUACCUUUGCACGAAGCGCUGGGAGACGGUGACGACGGAGUGGCGGAUGAGCGAGGCGACGGCCGUGCCGGGCCGCAGGAAGUACGUUUCCCUGAGCGAGGAGGCGUGGUAUGGCCUCUGGGCGGGCACGAUCCAGAGGGCCAUGCUGGACAGGCGGAGGGGGCUGCUGGACCAGGGCGACCUGGCGCGGACGAGGAGAGGGGAUUCCGAGGACGGAGGUGGACCGCCCGGCCUGGAGGCCAUGGGCCUUGUGAAUCGGUCUUUUGGCUGGGGGGCAGAUGAUUUUUGA